AAACAGUGCGUUACCGUUCAGCAUGCUGUAAUGAAUUUAAUGCAAAUUUGCGUACUUCAUUCACAACAUGCGUGUUUUAGAGUUUUAUUCAGGAAUAGGUGGCAUGCAUCUUGCUUUCCAAAAGUCUACUGUAAAACACGAAGUAGUUGCUGCUGUUGAAAUCAAUGACGUGGCGACUUCAGUAUAUGCGUAUAACUUUCCCAAUACACUAGUAUUGAAUCGAGUUAUUGAGAGCUUUACCGCUGACUUUGUACAUAGCCUAAAUGCAGAUAUAUGGAGUCUUUGUCCACCCUGUCAACCUUUUACAAGGUUAGGGAAACAAAUGUGUGAAGCGGAUAACAGAAGUGCCUCUUUCUUUCAUAUUCUUGAUCUAAUUACUGUUCUAAAGCCGCAAGGAAUCAUACUAGAAAAUGUAAAAGGAUUUGAACAUUCUGAGCCAUGGAGACGACUGAUUGAAGUGUUGAAUACAUCUGGUUAUGAAUAUCGGCAAUUUCUACUUUCUCCUCUGCAAUUUGGCAUACCUAAUUGUCGUCUUCGGUUUUACCUUGUUGCUCGCCUGCAUUCAUCAUCUUGGAAUUCACAACUUAAAAUGGGAAAUUCUGAAUUCAUUGAUUUAAAACCCCCGAUCGAUGCGCCUUGUUUACCAGGCUGCAUGUGUGCACUGUGUUGUGAUCUUGUCAGGCAUAUAGAGCGCACGGAUGAUAAUUUCUCUGAGUAUGUUAAGUUCUGUCGACCAAUCUCAGAGUUUCUAUUAUCACCAACUGAAAGUAUGAGUAAAGAAUUACAUUUUCUAGAUGAAAAGUGCCUUCAACGUUAUUUCCGUAUAUUUGAUAUCGUUAGACCGACUGAUAAAAAAACACGGUGUUUUACAAAAGGUUAUGCAAAACGAAUGGAAGGUACAGGAUCUGUACUACAAACAUCUAUGGAGAAUGAAACAAGUGAGAAAAUAAACACUUUUUAUGAAGCUAACAAAAACAAUGAACAAGCUGUUGUACAGUAUGCUGAACAGUUAAAAUUACGCUUUUUUCAUCAUCGUGAAGUGGCUAACUUUUUGUGCUUUCCCAAAAGUUUUGAUUUCCCAGAAAACAUAACAGAAAAACAACGUCUUCGUUUAUUGGGUAACAGUGUGAAUGUAUUAGUUGUUGGUCAUUUAAUUUAUUGGGCUUUUGGAGCAAAAUGAUAUGUUUCUUUAAAUAUUUUGUACAUGUAUUUUUUUCCUUCUAAAAAAUCGAACAUUGUAAAGUUUAUACACUAUCUAGCAAAGAAUAUAUACAUAUAUAUUUCUAUACAAACUGUGAAAG